AUGAGAUUGAAAGUUAAAUUAAUAAACAUCUGCAUCCGUCAUAAAUGUUCAAAGCCGUCAAUAAAUGGACUUACUAAGCUGCAACCAAAAUUUUCACUCCGUAAAAUCAAAGUUAAAAAAAGUGCCAAGCCGAUCAAUACAGAGCUAACCUCACCAGCUUCCCGAGAUUUAAACAUAAAAGCAAUUAUUCACCCAGAAGAUGAGUAUCAACAAUUUUGCGCCGGAAAUUUUAAUAAUAAAAAAAAUAAAGAUAAAAUAAUUGACAGUCGACAAUUAAAAGAUAAAAAAUCAGCGUCAGCUGAUAAUUCAGAAAAUCAAAGGAAUAAUUGUGAGGAACGUUUUAACGAGCUGAACAUGCAAAUGCUGCCUAGAAAAUUGCAUAGUCAAGUAUUUAAAAAAGCAAACAAUGUUGAAUUAUCCAGAGAAAAAUUAAGCGAGUUGCGAAAACAAUUAAAAGCCUUCGGUAUGAAAAUUAAUGACACUUCUAGGAUUCCCAGUGCUGAUAUAGAUCUUCCCCCGCUGGAAGGGGAAGAUUUGGAAGAACAUUUUUAUAAAAUAGCGGAAACUCAAGCUAGGCCUUAUUUUAAAAUCGUCGAAGAGAUGCUGAGAAAAAUUCCUGAGAUGCCGACUAGCUGGAAGCUUCAGGAAGGAUGGACUAGAUACACCACCGACAAAGUAGAAAAAGUGGACUACCCAUUAGAACCAGGAAUAAUAUUCGACGUGGAGGUGUGCAUGAAGGAAGGUCCACUACCAACCCUAGCAACCGCAGUAACCUCCGAAGCGUGGUACGGCUGGGUAUCAAAACCCCUAGUGGACGGUACCAGCCUCCCCAUAGAAAGUCGCUCGUUUACUUUAGACAUGUUGGUCCCCCUCGAAAGCACCAGCCUCGAAUUCGGCAAGAAGCUGACAGAUCACCAAAAAAAACCAAAAAUAAUAGUAGGCCACAACGUGUGCUACGACAGAGCAAGAAUAAAAGAGCAGUACUGGCUGAACCCGACUAGCACUCGCUUCAUAGACACCAUGUCCUUGCACAUAGCGAUCAGCGGGAUGAACAGCUAUCAAAGGGCCCUGAUGCUGGCCAAGAAAGACUUGUUAGACCACGAAGAGCUCCAAGGAACCUCCUUGAACAACCUCGCCGACGUUUACAAGCUCUACUGCGGAAAAACUCAUGAAAAAUCCAUGAGAGACUUGUUUGUUGAAGGCUCGCUGCUGGAAGUCAGAAAAGAGUUUGACAAAUUGAUGAAUUAUUGUGCUAGAGAUGUCGUAGUAACUCACGAAAUUUUGGAGAAAUUAUUUCCUAUUUUUAAAGAAAGGUUCCCACAUCCGGUGAGCUUCGCUGGAAUGCUGGAGCUAGGGACUGCUUACCUUCCAGUGAAUACAAACUGGACAAGGUAUAUUGAAGAGUCAGAGGUUGCUUUUGAAGACUUAAAUUACGAAGCUAAGGUCAGUUUGGCCAAAAGAGCUGAUGAAGUUUGUAAAUUGAUGCACGGAGAUAAAUAUAAGGAAGAUUUGUGGAUGUGGGACCAAGAUUGGAGCACUCAGGCUGUUAAAAUUAAGAAAAAACCCUCGAAAAUAAUUUCUAGUCCGGGAAUAAUUGGUGAAGAAAAAGAAAUUUCAGAUGAAGAAAAAUAUUUGACGGAUGGAGAGGAAGAAAUUGAUGAAUUGGAAAAAGAAUUUGGUUAUUUAAAGGAGAGUAAAAAUUUAUUACCCGCUAAACUUCCACACAUGCCGGGGUACCCUGCGUGGUACCGUAAAUUAUGCAUGAAGCCCAAUGAAGAAAACUGGACUUUUGGCCCAAAGAAUAUCAGCACCUCAAUGAAAAUAACUCCUAAGCUUCUGAGUCUCACUUGGGAAAAUUACCCGCUGCAUUAUAUUAAAGAACACGGCUGGGGUUUUUUGGUUCCGUUUAAUAGCGAGGAUGUGGAGACUCAGCUGCCGCUCAAGCAGCUUCUAGCGCAGUGUCCGCUCCCGAUAAAGCAUCAACAAAGCUCGGAUACGAGCUACGCAAUGGCUACUUUGCAAGCUGAAGUUCAGAAAGAUUUGCACAAGACUGAAUUUUGGAGAAAUCGUAAAACUAAAUCGGAUGUAAAAAAAUCCAUGCCUGGGAUAUUUUACAAGGGAGCUGGAAUUUGGUGCGACGUUAUAAUUGACAAUUGUUGUUGGUUUUUUAAACUCCCUCACAAAGACGGCCCGAAAUUGAACGUCGGAAAUCCGCUGGCAAAAGAUUUUUUAAACAAAUUUUCAGAAAAUGUUCUGGCGGGUUUGGACUCGAGUGCUAGAGAGGUCUUGAAGAUAUCAAAGAUGGUAUCUUAUUGGCGGAAUAAUAGAGACAGGAUAAUGUCCCAGUUGGUGGUUUGGUUGAGUGACAGCGACUUGCCGGGUAUAAUCCGUCGGACAGGCAGCAGUAGUGCUUUGUCUCGCCAAAAUUACGGCGCGAUAAUUCCUCAGGUGGUGGUAAGUGGAACGUUGACUAGGAGAGCGACAGAGGCCACGUGGAUGACAGCUUCAAAUGCUCAUGAAGACAGAGUGGGCUCUGAAUUGCGAGCUAUGGUACAAGCGCCGCCGGGGUAUAGUAUUGUGGGAGCGGAUGUCGACAGCCAGGAACUGUGGAUCGCUUCGCUGAUCGGAGAUGCAUAUUGCGCGGGAAUUCACGGCGCUACUCCCUUCGGGUGGAUGACUUUGAUCGGCAACAAGUCUGACGGGACCGACAUGCACAGUGUAACUGCAAAAGCCGUGGGAAUUUCGCGGGAUCACGCCAAAGUUAUAAAUUACGCGAGGAUUUACGGAGCGGGUCAGAAAUUCGCGGAGAGACUGUUGAAGCAAUUCAAUCCUGCGAUGAGCGAUGGAGAAGCGUUGGGAAAAUCCAGGAAGAUGUUUAGUAUCACUAAAGGGAAAAAAGUUUUUAAGUUGAGGGAGGAGUUUGUCAAUGAAGAGUUGCAAGAUGAGGACUACUCCGGCUUUGACGCUUCUAGAGUCGCUAAAUUGCACGGAAAGACAGUCCAGGCGAUGUUUGAAAGCAAGUGGGAGGGCGGCUCGGAGUCCGCUAUGUUCAACAGGCUCGAAGAAAUAGCCGGGAGCAAGCACCCGGUGACUCCCUUUUUAAAUUCAAGGUUGAGCAGGGCUCUAGAGGUUGAGGAUGAGUUAAAGGAUAAAUAUUUACCGACUAAGAUAAAUUGGGUGGUCCAAAGCGGAGCUGUGGACUUUUUGCACUUGAUGCUGGUCUGCAUGCGCUGGCUGAUGAGAGACAAUGCCAGAUUCUGCUUGUCCUUUCAUGAUGAGAUAAGGUACUUGGUCCCGGGCAGGUAUAAGUACAACGCUGCCCUGGCAAUGCAUGUUACUAAUUUGCUCACCAGGUCCUUCUGCGCCUCCAGGCUGGGGAUUCAAGAUCUUCCGGCCUCGGUUGCAUUCUUUGCUGCGGUUGAGGUUGAUACUGUGCUCAGGAAGGAAGCUAGCAGUGAUUGCAAGACUCCCUCGAAUCCUUACGGGCUCGAGAGCAGGUAUGGGGUUGCCAAAGGGGAGAGUCUCGAUGUCUGGAAGGCUGUUGAUAAGGCUGAGGGGUCCCUCGGGCCUUGGCACAAUGCUUUGAUCAGGAAAAACAAAGUUGAUAAUCAGCUGGGUUAA